ACUUGAAGGCUCUAUGGAGAAGGGUAAGAACGGACGCCUCAACCCAGCGUUUCAUCUGAAGGUGGUGGGGCUGGCGAACAAAGGAAACAGUCACAAGGGGGUGAGUGUUAAAGGGGAGGGGAGUUAAAUCUAAGUUGACCUAUGAGUCUCUAUAUGCUGGGAAUGUUUGUCUCUGUGUUUCUGAGAACUACAUACAUUAAACUAAAGUCUAGCUAGCCUUGCUUUAAAUUGCCACAUUUACAACUGUGGCUCUGCCUGUGUCAACUUUCUGUGAUAGCAACUGUCACUGUCUGCCUCCCAUGUCGCCCUCUCUUCUCUGUCUGCUAACUGUCUCCUUCCCUUCCUUUUUCAUAAUACUUUUUUAUUAGUUUUUCAACAUACUUUUCAUACAAUUUGAAUGACAUAAUCCUAAAAUGUUCUUUAUAUUAUUCUCUAACCAUUGUCUUUUCUCUCCCUACAGCUCCCUCACACCAGCAAAGAGGUGCUGCCUCUCAGGCCAGGCCCCACCACCAACGGCACCCAGCCAGUCAACAUUGUGCGUCCCCUAAGUCCCGCCCCCUCGCCGCAUAACACGCUACAGAGCUUCAAGGUGGUCCGCCCGCCUUUACCUGUCAGCAAGCCGCCCGGGGCCCCGUCCAAAUCACCCACCCCCCCUCAGAAACUCACCCCGCCAAAGAAACCGCUGCCCCUCAACCCAACACGAUCACCA